CAGCGCCGGCCGGGCCGGGUCGGUGCCGCCGUCGCUUGUGCCGAGCCAGGAUGCGGCUGCGCUCGGGGGUGUUCGCCUCCUCCUGCCUCCUCGUGCAGGCCUUGGGCGUCGCGCUGUUCCUCCGCGGCUUCUUCCCGGUGCCCGUCAGGUCCGUGCCCCGCAGAGAGGCCCGCACGGACCCUCCCGCCGAGCCGGCCGCGCCCGGCACAGGAAUGGUUUCUAACUGGACUAAGAUUCCUCCACCGCUUUUCAAAAAAGUUGUCAUUGUGCUGAUAGAUGCUCUGAGAGAUGACUUUGUGUUUGGAUCCAAAGGUAAACAGUUCAUGCCAUAUACUACUCAAGUUGUUGAAAAAGGGACUUCCUACAGUUUCAUUGCUGAAGCCAAGCCACCCACUGUGACUAUGCCUCGAAUUAAGGCUUUGAUGACAGGUAGCAUACCUGGUUUCAUCGAUGUUGUUGUGAACCUCAAUUCUCCAGCUCUGUUGGAUGACAAUCUGAUAUGGCAGGCAAAAGCAGCUGGGAAAAGAAUAAUAUUUUAUGGUGAUGAUACUUGGGUCAAAUUGUUCCCAAAGCACUUUGUGGAAUAUGAUGGAACAACAUCAUUUUUUGUGUCAGAUUUUACAGAGGUUGAUGAUAAUGUUACCAGACAUUUGGAUAGAGUAUUAAAGAGAGAAGACUGGGAUCUCCUAAUACUACAUUACCUGGGGUUGGACCACAUUGGUCAUAUGACUGGGCCAAACAGCCCAUUAGUGGGACCAAAACUUCGUGAAAUGGAUAACAUACUGAAGAAGAUCCAUAUUUCCCUUCUUUCAAAGGAGGAAGCUUCUCUGCCCAAUCUGUUAGUUGUUUGUGGGGACCAUGGGAUGUCUGAAACAGGCAGUCAUGGUGGUUCUUCAGAAGGAGAAGUGCACACACCACUGCUGUUUAUCAGCUCUGCUUUUGAGAAGAGAAGUGCUCCUCUAGCCCAACCUGAACAUGUGCAGCAGACAGAUUUAGCUAGUACGCUGGCAAUAGGUCUUGGCCUACCAAUUUCAAGAAACAGUGUUGGAAACCUUAUAUUGCCAGUUGUUGGAGGGAAGACAAUGAGAGAACAGCUACGUUUUGUGCACUUGAAUGGGUUCCAGCUAAGCAGAUUGCUGCAAGAGAAUACACCUGCAUAUGAAAAAGAUCCUGGAUAUGAACAAUUUAAGAUAGCAGAAAAAUCCCAUGGUAAUUGGAUCAAACUGUAUUUAGAGGGGAAUAAUUCAGAAAUACUCUUAAAUCUUGGCAAGAAGGUCCUGAAGCAAUACUUGGAGGCCCUCAAGACUUUGAGUUCUUCAUUAAGCAAACAAGUUGCACAAUAUGACAUGUAUUCGAUGAUGGUGGGGACAGUGAUCAUUAUGGAGGUUCUGCUACUGCUUUUGCUUAGUGUUCCAAAAGCCCUGAGCAAGCGGGCAGAAUUUGAAGUGCCCCUCUCCCCUCCACUGUUCUCUCUGCUAUUUUACUUGAUAUGUCUGAUGCUUUGUGCUGUUCAUGUCAUUGUAUGCACAUCAGCAGAAAGUUUGUGCUAUUUCUGCAGUAUGUCCUGGUUAACAGCAGUUGGAGUGAUGAUGCUGAUUUCUGCACUCACGUGUGGUGUUUUAUCUGCUAUUGCAAAGAUCUUUGAGAAUUCCAGACUUCCACUGAAGAGUCCUGUUGUGUCCAGUUCUAGUUGGUCAGAAAUAGAUGUGCUGAUUCUGGCUGGAACUAUUGGCCAUGUUUUGAGUUUGGGGGCAAGCAGUUUUAUAGAAGAGGAACAUCAAACCUGGUAUUUUCUUAUCAAUACACUUUGUUUGGUGCUGUGUCAGGAACUUUGUAGAAAUAAUUUUCUUCUGAAAGAAUGUGACCCUCAACAUAGCACUAAUGUGAAACAAAAUUUUGAUUGUAUUGGGGAAACCUCUGAGUGCAAGAAUAUAGACAUUCCAGCAGCAAGUGAUUCAAAACUGGGCAAGGCCACCUCUUCAUCAGAGUUGAUGAAAGGACCAGAUAAGUGGAUAAGCUUAGCAACCCCGUGGAUCAUCCUUAUUUGCUGUCGGCUGCUUCGAUCCUUGAAUCAGACAGGUGUCCAGUGGGCUCAUCGGCCAGACUUUGGACACUGGUUGACAAGCUCUGAACAUAAACCUGAACUCUCCUUCUUGGCUGCAGUCUCUCUUCUUAUGAUCUUCUUUCUGGUUCAAAGAAGAUGCUCCCUGGUUUCAAAAAUUGCUAUGGCACUUGGGCUCCUGGGAGUCUACAGUUACCGGGCAGCUAUUGGAAGUGUCAUAUUUCCAUGGCAACACGGUGGCAAGGAUAUUUCUAAGGGCAUUACUGAAGCUCGUUUUGUUUAUGUCUUUGUUCUUGGCAUAAUCUUCACUGGCACUAAAGAUUUACUAAAGUCGCAGGUUAUUUCUGCAGAAUCCAGCACGAAGAGCACGGGAUUAUGGGAAGUAUAUAGCGGAUUGGUUCUACUAGCAGCUCUUCUAUUUAGACCUCACAAUUUACCAGUCUUGGUGUUUUGUCUGCUGAUUCAGACAAUGAUGACAAAAUAUAUUUGGAUACCGUUGAAAUUUGAUGCAGCACAGAUUACCAUCAUGCACUACUGGUUUGGCCAAGCUUUCUUCUAUUUUCAGGGAAAUUCAAAUGGCAUUGCUACUGUGGACAUUUCAGCAGGUUUUGUGGGACUAGACAGCUAUGUGGAGAUACCUGCUAUCUUCCUCACAGCAUUUGCAACAUAUGCAGGACCUUUCCUUUGGGCCAUCCAUCUGCUGUGCUACUUGAGUUCUGAAGUUAGCAGGAAUUCUGCAGCAGUGGGUCACGGCUGUUUCUGCUACGCUCUAAUGCGUUCAAUUCCCGUUGCCAUCUACGUUGUUUUGGUGACAGGUCUGCGCUACCACCUGUUCAUAUGGAGCGUCUUCUCGCCAAAGCUGCUGUAUGAGGGAGUGCAUGUGUUCAUCACAGCUGCUGUCUGCCUCUUCUUCACAGCAAUGGAUCAGAACCACACUUACAAGGUACAAGACUGACGUUAAGUGGGCGAUAUGUGGUUCUGCAUCGCAGUGUCCACUGUGCCACUGGAAUGGAAGAAGGAAAAUAUCAGCUUUAAACUGUUCUGCAGAUUUUGAAGAGUAAAUUGUUAAAAGAGUUGUUUAUUUUAUUCAAGAUCAGUCUUGUGUUAAAACUGAGUUUGCUUUAAAAAUGUUGAAUUGAAAUAAACUGUUUUUUCAUGGAUACCUUUUGUUCUAUAGCUGUCAUAUAGCACUUUCCAAAUAACAGAAUGGUGAUACUACAUGUUUUGAAUUUUAAAAUAUACAUCUUAAUAUAAAUACAGACCAGUGCCUCGUGGGCACAGAAAAGAUCUUGUGUGCAUACAUUUUUUUUUUAUCUUCGUAGACUACAGAAUCCUAAAAAUGUGCAGGAUUUUUAGGUGCUGUUCACAUGAUCCUGAAUCCAUUAGCCUCAGGGGGUUUUUGUGCUUGUUUUCGUUUUAGUGGAUGCAUUGGAAUUUUUACUAAAUUUUUUUUGUACAAACAUCCCAGGUAAGAGAUUUUGUUUGUUUUGCAUAGGCAGCAAGGAUUUCUGUUUAAAAGCAGCAUUUUUCUUUGCAAGAUGAGUGUCAUCAUUAUUUGUGAUGGAUUUUGAUCUGCACUUCAGACAAUAAGAAACACUUAUUGUCCAACAGAGUAAAAAAUCUUCUGUGGAGUCUGUUCACUGCUAAAAUGCUGUUUCUUCUUAUCAAGGUAUAGAUGAUAAAUCAGGUUGGUGCAGCCAUCCUGAACAUUUGAUCAUGUUUUCCACACAUGGGUAGAGAGCUGUGAGCAGUGGACAGGAAAACAGUUUAAUGGAUUAAGUUGCCAGGAGAAUAAAAGGUGUAGAAGGUGUGUUUGCAGUUUGCAUCACCACCCCUCUAGUGACCUAUCUAGCCAUCUCGCUUGAAUGUGCUGUAAUUAAUUUCUAACUAUUGUUUUCCUUGCUUCUGUCAAGAAGAUACAUGUUAAUGACUAUACUGACUAUCAGUAUUUACGUGGGGUCUUUUUGCCUCUUUGUUUUGUCCAUGUUUUUUGUCCAUGUUAGUGGCUAAUAUGAGUUGGUCUAAAUAUGUUCGGGGUGUAUGAGAAGCAUACAAAGACCUUUUAACUUUUGUUAUAAAUAUGGAAAAAUAAAGCUUUCAAGACCGAUAUAUCUGACAGCACAGUUGUUAAAAUCACUGAUGCACUUUUUGUCUCCUGUAACAGAUAAUGCAGAUCUCAAAAUGUAGGCCUCUGGUUUUUAUACAUUAAUAAUAGGCCAUCUUGUUUACUAAUAAUGAAAUAUGUUUUCAGCUAUAAAACAAUUAAAAUUUUCAAUAGACUGGCAACAUAUUGCUCUAUACCUGGAGGAGAGAGUACUGGAUCUUAAUGUCAUUUACUGUGACCUGCUGGAAGAUUGAAAAUUAAAUACUUCUAAUAAAUCACUUUUUACUGCCAAGUAUGGUUAUUUAAAACAGUUUAUAUUUGUGAAUGUGCAUCUACCAUUUUCAUGAUUCUCAGUGUUUUUUUGGUUACCUGCUAGCUAGCAGCUAUGUCAACAUUAUCAACAUAUUCUCUGUUUACUUAUAUUGUUAAUUUGUAAGCAGUCCUCCCUAAAAUUCAUAUGGACUAUGUUUAUAAGACAUUUGAGUCAGAGUGAAUGGGUGCUAAU